AUGCCAUACCUGGUGCGGGAGAAUCUAUUUAUUGGCAAUACUGGAGCUGCUGCAGAUUUUCUCCAGCAUGGAACAGAGGAUGAUUCAGGUGAUGGGUCCAAGAGUUCUCUGGCACCAGAAAAGGUGCUGUAUUACUUGGAGAAAGCAGGGAAGGAUUUGAAGUUUGCAAGGAUGGCUGUACCAUUGAGAGAUACAGAGAGUGAGGAUCUAUUGGAUUACUUGGAUGUUUGUUUAGAUUUUAUUGACCGUAGUAGACAAGAAGGGUCUGUAUUGGUUCACUGCUUUGCUGGUGUAUCAAGAAGGAACAAGUAUGCAGAGCAAAAUGCUAAGAAUCAUAGAGAUUCUGAGAAGUAUGUGUAUUGGGGCAAUAGAAUUGACUGUCUUGGGAAGCACUGUGAGUCUUGUGAAGGCCUUGCCCAACAGCAAUCCAACCUCAGGCGUGCUCUUGAGGAAGAAAUAAUGUAUCUUCAGCGGUGGGCAGCUAGCUCUUACUCAAUGUAUUCCUUGUAUUAUCUUGAUCUCAUAUCAGAAAUGGCUAAUAACAGUGGCAUCGGGUGCUAUUGA